AUGUACUUGGAACAACAGCCAGCUCUGCCACUGCUGCUGACUCCUGAAGCUUCUUCACCAGAGUCCUUGAACUCUCUGGCCUUCUUUUUAAUCUGCUGCACUGAAUCACUGGUGUGCCCCACCACAUCAGAUGCGGCCAUGGACAUCAGCUCUGAGAUCACCACCAAAGACUUAACAGAGAAGGAAGGUUUGGAGGAAGCAGAGAAUGGACGAGAUGCACUUGCUAAUAGGAAUGCCAAUGAGGAAAAUGGGGAGCAAGAGGACGACAAUAUGGUAGAUGAAGAAGAGAAAGGAAGAGGGGAGGAAGAAGAGGGAGAGGAGGAAGAAGGCGUUGGUGAGGAAGAGGAUGAAGAUGAGGUGGCUAAAGCAGCUAAAGGCAAAAGAGCAGCUAAAGACGAUGAAAAUGAUGACGCUGACACCAAGAAGCGGAAGACUGAUGAGGAUGAACAUAUAAAUCCCAAGGCGGUGGCCCUGGAGCAGAGUCCUGUCUGCCCUCCUGCUGGCAACACAGGCUCUCCACCACCCGACCCAACCGCAGCGUGA